AUGGUCCACGGCUACAAUUCGGAGAGCAGCUGGAUUUUCCAGCUCACCGCCGUCGCCAUCGCCAAGCUGGGGUUCCUGGCCUGCGCUCUUGACCUCCCCGGCCAUGGUCAUUCCCAAGGCCCCAGAGGCCACAUUCCGACCAUCGGUCCGGUGAUCGAUGACUGCAUCCAAUUCUUCGACUCGGUCCGGUCGGCCCACGGCCACCUCCCGGCCUUCUUAUACGGUGAGUCUCUUGGAGGAGCCAUCGCCAUGCUUGUCUAUUUCAAACAAAAAUCUAAGUGGGACGGGUUGAUCCUAAACGGUGCCAUGUGUGGCGUGUCAACUAAGUUCAAGCCGCCAUGGCCGCUAGAGAAGCUCCUGCCAUUCGUGGCGUGCAUCACGCCGAAUUGGAGGGUGACGGUAACGGAGUCUCUGGUGGAUAGGUCAUACAAGGAGAAUUGGAAGAAAGAGUUGGUGAGGAGGAGCCCAAGAGCUCAGGAGUUCGAGCACCCGCCGGCAUCGACGGCGUGGGAGUUUCUGAAGGUUUGUGAGGAGAUUGGGAGGAGGUGCAGCGAGUUGGAGCUUCCGCUGCUGGUGCUGCAUGGGGAGGAGGACUCGGUGUGUGACUCCGACUCGGCCGAGUUGGUGUACGCGUUGGCGCGAAGUGAGGACAAGACGUUGGAGAUUUUGCCGGGAAUGUGGCAUCAGUUGAUUGGAGAGCCGCAGGAGACCGUGGAGUUGGGAUUUGGGAUCAUUUUUUCUUGGCUCAAGGAUAGGGCCAAAAGAGCUUCUUUGGCCUAUUCUAAUAAUUAUUAA